AUGACGAAUCUUCUUAAGAACAAAAUCGGGGCGAUUUUGGUUCACAUCCGGCACCAAAUGUAUCAACGUUUCGUCCCGGAACAAGUCAAGAAGUUUUUACUCACGCACCCGCCAAACCUCACCGUGCAAUGCCUCUUCGCCUUGUGCAUCGCGGAAAUCAUCCACUUCGUGCGAGAGGAAAUCAAGUUUCAAAUCUGGUGCCGACAAGGCCGAGAGAAAGGUGGAAUGCACGAACUCACCGAGGAGGAGAUCGAGGAGAACAAAAGGACAGGGAAAGUGCCAAAAGUGGACGAAAAGCGAAUGCCGACGAAAGAUUUACUCGAAGAACCGACCGAAGAAAUUAAACGAGACGUAGAUAAAUUGAUUGAGUUUAUCAACCAGAACAGACGGAAAGAUUCGUCCAUGGUGAGAGUUGGGAAAUCGACGAUUCCAAACGCCGGGUUAGGAUUGUUCGCGGAUCGAGAUAUCACCGAAGGCGAACGCAUUCGAGGCGCCACGUACGGAGGGAGAAUCAUGAACUUCAACGAGGCGAAGAAGAUUCCCAUGAAAGAGAAGGAUUACGUGAUGGCGUUGCAUUUGAACGUACACGUAGACGCGAAAGAGCACUACGGGUAUAUGGCGAGGUACAUAAACGAUACGUAUAAGACGGAGAAGAGUAGAAAUUGUAAGUUUUUGAAGAUGAGCGUAGAGAAUAGGGCGAGCGUGAUCGCCAUGAGAGACAUCGAGAGAGGCGAGGAGUUGUUCGCGGAAUACGGGAGCGGGUAUUGGAGAGCGAGGAACGGGGAAAUUGAUGCGGACAGAGGUGACGUGGAGAAUUUUAAGAGGGACAUGGAAAAAGCGCAAAAAUGGGUCGAAUCGAAAGGGAAGUAUAAGAGUAAAAAGAAGGUAAAGGGUUAG